GGCGGUCAGUGGCUGGGGCGGUCAGUGGCUGGGGUGGUCAGUGGCUGGGGCGGUCAGUGGCGGCGGCAGAAUGAGCAGUUCCGUGUACCUCGUGGCUCUGGUGGUCCUGGGGGCGACAGUAUGCGCGCAGCCCCGAGGCCGGAUUCUGGGUGGCCAGGAGGCCAGGGCCCACGCGCGGCCCUACAUGGCUUCGGUGCAAGUGAACGGCACACACGUGUGCGGUGGCGCCCUGGUGGACGAGCACUGGGUGCUGAGCGCCGCGCACUGCAUGGAUGGAGUGACCAAGGCUGACUUUGUGCAGGUGCUCCUGGGCGCCCACUCCCUGUCCAUCCCUGAACCCCACAAGCGACUGUAUGACGUGCAGCGGGCAGUGCUUCACCCGCGCAGCCGGCCUGACAGCGUCGAGGACGACCUCGUCCUCCUUCAGCUAGCCCAGAAUGUGUCGUUGGGUCCCCACGUGAGACCCCUGCCCUUGCAACGCGUGGAUCAAGAAGUGGAACCCGGCACGCUGUGCGACGUGGCUGGAUGGGGCGUGGUCACCCAUGCGGGCCGCAGGCCUGAUGUCCUGCAGCAGCUGACGGUGCCAAUCAUGGACCGGACGACCUGCAAUGAGCGCGCGCACCAUGAUGGGGCAGUCACCAAGAACAUGAUGUGUACAGAGAGCAACCGUAGGGACACUUGCAGGGGCGACUCCGGCAGCCCCCUAGUGUGCAGGGACGUGGUCGAAGGCGUGGUUGCGUGGGGCUCUCGAGUCUGUGGCAACCGCAGAAAGCCAGGCGUCUUUACCCGAGUGGCAACCUACCUGACGUGGAUCGAUGACGUCAUGAAUGGUAACGUGACGGCCUGAGGGGACCCCAGAGGCACGUGGCUCACAAUAAAUGCAUGCAUCUGA